CCAGAUGUAUGUAGGGACUCUAUACCUAAGCGAGAUGAUACAAGGAGCCAACAUUACACUACUAGUGGUCAUUCCAAUCUCAAUAAUCUUUGGCGUGUUUAAUGUGGUAUCGUCUCUCUGUAAAUGGAAUACCGGUUUGCUCCUGAGCACACUGCCAUUGACUUUGCAUCUGAUUGUAGACAUCGUUCUUAUUGGUAUGUACUCACAGCUCUUGGAGAGUAUAAGGCUAUCAGACAGAAGCAUCUAUCGAGAUGUGUAUGUACUGACCCUGGCAUACCUGUGCAUAAAUAUAUCCGCUCAGAUUAUUUUGUUUGCACUCAAAGACCGUUUGUAUAAACGGAUAGAAAGCAGUUUUUCAGUACGAGAUCCUCAAGGCUUGUUGUCAUGGUUUUGGGGACGCGUUCGGAGACAUUUUAGAACAUAUUCAGGGAAGACGACUUCCGCCGCCAUGAGAUUUUGUUUUCUGUCAUGUCUCCUUAUGAUCUGGGACAUUGCUAUGUGGAUAGCUGUUUUCCUACAACUUAUCUCUCCUGGAUAUCUACAAGGUACCUUCCGCAAAGAACUCGGGCAAGAAUACGAUGACGAUUACUUCAUUGGUGUCUUAAUCACUCUUUUAGUUCUAGAACUGGUUUACGUCAUCCUCCAUAUCCUAUCUGUUAUCGUCGUCAUCUUAAAUAAGAACAAGUCUUUUUCUAAAUAUGUGGUGUGGCUAUUGUUAGCGUUUAUACUUAUCUCCGACAUUGUGAUGACAGGACUGGCAUCUGAUUGGCUCAACAAGUUGACAGUGAAUAUGUUAACUGUCCUGUUUAAGUUAACUGUCAGUAUGUUAAAUGUCCUGUUUAAGUUAACUGUCAGUAUGUUAACUGUCCUGUUUGAGUGA